UCAGCCUGUGCGGAUGCGAUCUUUCUUUGUAAUUUUGCAAACGGUCGUCACAGCGUUCACUGUCGUUACAGCGUUCACUGUCACCGGAUCACCGUGCUUCUGUUAAACUUUAGCCCAGAAGGUCAUUCUCUUAAAGUUCACGUUCAACCCGCAGCAUCCUAACGAGAGCCGUAACUGGAGAAGAAGAGAAAGCUUCACUUGAUCGCCAAAAUAGAGCAAGUGUGGCUUACACGUAAAGGAAUAACGACAGACCGGAAAUAAUAUUGAUGGAGCCAAAUGACGAAGAAGAAGCACCAGCAGCGGUGGCAACAAUAGAGGUGGAGGAUGCAGAGAAGUUGCUGAAUUACAAGAUUGAGCGUCCCGUCUACGACGAGGCACAUAUUAGAUCAGAGCUUCUCCACCGCAAAGAGAAAACCACCACCCUCCGUCAGAAGCUUGCACUGUACUGUCGGUGCUCGACACAGCGGGCAAAGGCAGUGGUUCUAAGCUUCCUGCCUAUUCUCGCAUGGCUGCCAAAGUACCCAGUCAGGGAAUACUUGUUUCACGACGUGGUCUCAGGUCUUAGCACCGGAGUUGUGCAACUCCCCCAAGGUCUUGCCUAUGCUAUGCUAGCUGCUGUGCCUCCAGUUUAUGGUCUGUACUCGUCGUUCUAUCCUGUUCUGCUGUAUGUUUUCUUUGGCACAUCCAGGCACAUAUCCAUAGGCACCUUUGCAGUAAUAAGCCUGAUGAUUGGAAGCGUUGCAGUCAGGGAGGUUCCAGACUCAUACAUGCAAGCUACCAAUGGGACCAACGUGUCCGCCAUUUUUGAUGUGGCGGAACGUGACGCCAAGAGGGUCCAGGUGGCUGUGGUGCUGACAACCCUCGUGGGUAUCAUUCAGAUUGUUUUCGGUCUUCUCAGGUUUGGCUUUGUGGCGAUUUACCUCACGGAGCCGCUGGUGCGAGGCUUCACUACAGCAGCUGCUGUGCAUGUUGUGGUUUCUCAAUUAAAAUACCUGCUGGGAGUGAAAACAAAGCGCUUCAGCGGAGCCCUCUCUGUUAUAUAUAGUGUCAAGGCAGUACUCAGUCACAUUACAACUACAAAUGUCACCACUCUCAUCCUGGGCCUCGUAUGUUUGGUCUUUCUCUAUGUGAUCAAAGACCUAAAUGAGCGCUUCAAAAAAAAACUCCCCAUCCCUAUACCUGGGGAGAUAAUCAUCGUCAUUAUAUCAACUGGCGUCUCCUAUGGCAUGGCAUUGGCCGGAAACUAUAAUGUCGAUGUAGUUGGGGAGAUACCAACUGGGCUUCUCCCACCUGUGGUUCCGGACUUCUCACUGUUACGCACUUUGGUCACCGACGCCUUCGCUAUUGCGAUUGUAGGCUUCUCCAUGGGAAUCUCACUGGCCAAAAUCUUUGCUUUGAAGCACAACUACAGUGUGGAUGGUAAUCAGGAGCUGAUAGCCCUUGGCCUGUGUAACUUCAUCAGCUCUUUCUUCCAAACAUUCACCAUCACUUGCUCCAUGUCAAGGAGCCUGGUGCAGGAGAGCACAGGGGGGAAAACCCAGAUUGCGGGUUUGCUCGGCUCUCUCUUGGUGUUACUGGUGAUCGUCGCCAUUGGUUUUGUCUUUGAGCCGCUCCCACAGACUGCGUUGGCAGCCAUCAUCAUGGUCAACCUGCUGGGGAUGUUCAAACAAUUCAGAGACAUCCCAACUCUAUGGAGAACCAGCAAGAUUGAACUGGCCAUCUGGCUGGUGACUUUUGUUGCAUCCGUGCUAUUGGGCUUGGAUUAUGGCCUUCUCUCCGCCAUUGCAUUUGCUUUACUGACAGUCAUCUAUAGAACACAGAGCCCGAAAACGGCAGUCCUCGGGCAGGUUUCCAACACGGGACUAUACUAUGAAGUGGACGAAUAUGAAGAGGCGGUGGAAUGCGAGGGGAUUAAGAUUUUCCAUUACAACUCGUCAAUCUACUUUGCCAACAAUGACCUUUAUGUGAGCGCCCUCAAAGAGAAGACAGGUGUAAACCCGGAACACAUCCACACUGCCAGAAAAGCUCAGAAAAAACAAAAGGCCAACAGCUCUCUGACAUGUUCUCCAAGGACAAAUGCCGAGGAGAAGGAAGGAGCUAUGACUCAGAAGGAUUUGUCGUUCAAUAAAAUGGCUGGAGAUCAGACAAACGGCCGCCUAGGAGAGGAUCAUAGCUCAAAGGAUAUCGAGGAGCUUGCCUUCCUUCAAUCGCUCGGCUCCGUCCACUCCAUCAUCCUGGACUGGACUCACGUGGGCUUUAUUGACUCUGUGGGAGCCAAAGCCAUCAAACAGGUCAUUAAGGAGUAUGGAGCAGUAGAUGUUCAAGUCAUCAUAGCGGGCUGCAAUAGAAGUCUGCUGACUGAGCUGGACCAGCUACAGUUCUUCUCUGGAAUCAUAAGCCCCAACAUGGUGUUCCCCACCAUUCAUGAUGCUGUGUUGCACUGUCAAAAUUCGAAACCCAAGUCUACAUGCUGAUACGAAUGUGAAGAAUAUGUUUUGCGUCCUUUUGAAGCACUCAAGGGCUUGUUAAAAUGCCCAGGAUUUGUUCAAAGACUGUGUUGUUACUGGUUAUAGCAAUGUUGCUUUGUGCUGGAUAUGCGUGUAUGUGUGUGUGCUGUGUAGUGUUAAACAGCUUCAGUUGCACAUUAGAUAGGGAGAUUAGUUUUGAAAAACACAAAGUAAUUUCAUAUUUUCAGAGACAUUACCAAAUGACAGAUGCUUACUGUUGUAUUGUUUUUUUUAAAAAUAAAUCUUGAUACUCAUGGAAUAAACUUUUAUUUUUAA